GCGCGGCGGCGGGAGGAGCGCUGGGGCUGCGGGGGCGGCGCGGUCGGUCUGAGCGCAGCGCAGAGACGAGGCCCUCGCCUGCCUUCUUGCCGUGCAGCCGUCGCACCGCCGAGCCGCCGCCAUGGUGAAGAGCGUGGGCAGCCUGACUGAAUUUGAGGCAGAACUGAAAUCUGCUGGUGAGAAGCUUAUAGUGGUUGAUUUUUCUGCUACAUGGUGUGGGCCAUGCAAAAUGAUCAAGCCCUUCUUCCACAGUUUGGUUGAGAAGUAUAGUGAUGUGGUGUUCAUCGAAAUUGAUGUGGAUGAUGCCCAGGAUGUUGCUAGCCACUGUGAUGUGAAGUGCAUGCCAACGUUCCAGUUCUACAAGAAUGGAAAGAAGGUGCAGGAGUUCUCUGGGGCCAAUAAAGAGAAGCUGGAAGAGACAAUUAAAAGUCUAGUCUAAUCUCCACCUGUGGAGACAUUGAAGAGUCACUGCUUCGGCUACAUUAUAGGCUGCAACUUUUCUACUUAAAUCUAAACAAGUUAGCAAGUUUAAGUAGUGGAAACUAUUGUCUUAAUCCAUGUAAAUGAGUACAAUAAAGUGUGAGUUCUUCACUUUG